GAAACUGAGUAGUUUACAAUCGCAUUCAGACUGGAGCACAGCCGCUGAACUACACGAUUGAGUUGGAUUCUCACUUUCCAAAGAACUCUCAAGGUUUUCUCGUCGUAAAGUAAAAAUACUCAAACAUUCCGAAUAUCGAUUUUUGUUCACAAAGAGGAAAGGCACUGUGAAACAGUGCCACAUUCGACAAGACGAACUAACAAAUCAACAGCAACCUCACAUUUCUCCGAAUAGUCCGACCAGUAACCCAUGUGAGUGCACUGCAGUGGGAAGGUGAAAUGUUAAACUCAAAGCUUUGAAUAGGUCGAGCGCAGAUGAAUGCAGCAUAUGGCCUGACAACCUUGGGUUAUAUAGAGGCAUCUUUUACCCUGACGUUAUUCCAGCAAAGAGCUAGAAGGAGCUCCAUGGUAGAAUCAAGCAGAGACAAUAGAAUUUGGAACAUUAUGUAAAGGGACAGUCCAAAUGUCAUUCUCUGUAAGAGACACUACCAUCUCAUUUAUUCUCACUUGCAUCCACUUGAGUGCAAUAUUAGUACAAUUUGUCAGUGGUUGUCGUAUCAAUGGUAGCCUGUACGCCAGUUGUAAAGGGCUUGGUCUUCAUCAAGUGCCCAGCACACUCCCGGACACCUUACAAGAGCUGGAUCUGUCUUAUAAUAAAUUGGUUUCUAUUUCCAAUACUGACUUUUCAAAUCUCCGACAGCUUCAUAAAUUGAAUCUCCAGUACAAUAAUAUUUCAUUCAUUGCUGAUCAUGCAUUUGCCAAUAACACACUUUUGGAGGAUCUCAACAUUUUUAAUAACUCCCUUGCUAAAAUUCCCUCAAAAGCUUUUGAGCCCCUCAAGAAACUGAAAUUCCUGGAGAUGUCUAAUAAUUUCUAUAGUGUAGCAACCUUGCCAAAUGUGUUUUCAACCUUCAAUGAACUGAAGGUGCUUUCCAUGGGAGGUCCUUUAAUACAAAAUUUGAGCAAAUAUGAUUUUUAUCCUUUAAAAAAUAUUUCUUUGAAUAAAUUUGCUAUCAAAUCAGCUUCAAGUCUUCAUUACUAUGAACAGGGUACCCUGUCUGUCAUACAAACCACCAAUAUGUGGUUUGACAUUGCAUUGGACCAGAGUCCUAGAUCAUUACCCGCUAUGUUGCAAGACUUCACUGACAAGACUCUGCAAGUUCUUAGAUUUCGAAAUCUUUUUGAGUUCACAUACUACACAGAGUCUGAAGAUCUUUUUAACGGUCUACGGAACAUAAAUAUUAAUCAGCUUAUAUUUUAUCGGGGGAAGUUCAAUGAAAACCUGUUAAGGAUGGCACUCUUAAAUGUACAAAGGUCGACAAUAAAAGACUUGGGGUUAGUGGCCAUCGAUUUUGCCCGUUCCCCUAACUUUGAUAUCUUUCAAAAUCAGUCAAGUAUCACAGACCUUUCCUUGAACAAUUUGGUGCUGCAGGAUAUUAGCAACCCAGAUAUCCUUCGCUUUGACUGGAAGUUUACAUGGUUCAGCAAAGUCGUCAAUCUAACUAUCACAAAUGUUAAUUUCAAUUUUGUUCCAUGUGAUGCCUGGGAUGAAAUGAGCAACAUUGAAAUAUUGACAAUUACCAACAACCGCUUGCUGGAUGGCUUUAUCUACAACCAGAAAUGUCGCUAUGACAACACUUUGCCAAGUCUCAGGUCCUUUAUUGCUAAUGUAAACAUGUUGACCAGUCUGGCUGUGUUAUCAAAUCUCACUGCAGAAUGGAAACAUCUUCAAGAGAUGGAUCUUAGCUACAACCAGCUGGGAUCGAUGGAUGAGGGCUGUGCUUGGAAAGCCAGCCUAACUAGACUAAUUUUGCACCAUAAUAGUGCCAAUCAGAACAUUUUUAGAUGUUUGCCAGAAACUUUAGAGUAUCUUGAUUUGUCUUACUGUGAUUUGGACCUCCUAAGCAUGGAUUUUUUCCAGAAAGCUACUGAACUGCAGGUUCUACUUUUGAGUGGUAAUAAAAUUAAGUUUAUUCCUUCUGGAUGGCAAAGUCCUAAUCUUCAACUGCUGGCAGUUGAUGGAAAUUCAUUUGGCAUCAUCAAUACAGGAACCUUCCAUAAUAUGCCUAAUCUUGUUAGUUUGAAAGCUGGCAAUAACCCCUAUUACUGCACAUGUGACUUGUAUGGUUUUGUUGAAGAAACAGUCAAUAAGGGAAAGAUUAACAUUACAGACUGGCCUCAGAACUAUAGAUGUUACCAACCAGAAAAUCUACUGAACACAAUCGUGGCAAAGUUUUAUCCUGGAAAGCUUACCUGUAAUGUCACUUUAGUUGUUCUCAUUUCUGUUUCAACGACUGCAGUGGUUGUCAUCAUUCUAAUGAUACUCUGCUACAUUUAUGAUGUCCACUGGUACCUCAAAGCUAUUUAUCAGAUCUUGAGAGCAAAAUAUCGUGCAAGAAAGGAAGGAAAUAAUAAGGACGAAAAAUAUGAAUACCAUGCUUUUAUCUCAUAUAGUCAUUCUGAUGCAGAAUGGGUCCGGAAUCAACUCCUGCCUCGUUUGGAAAACUGUGACCCUCCAUAUCGCCUCUGCAUACAUGAGAGAGACUUCAUGCCAGGCAAGUGGAUCAUAGACAACAUCAUUGAAAACAUUGAAAAGAGCCACAAGGUGAUGUUCAUCCUGUCGCAUCAUUUUGUCAACAGUGAGUGGUGUAAUUAUGAACUGUACUUCACACACCAGAGGGCCAUUGGCAAACCUUUCAAUGACAUAAUUCUAAUUGUCAAGGAGAUCAUUGAUCCAGAGUCCCUGCCCAACAAAUACUGCAAGCUGAAGAAGAUGCUGAGGAGUAAGACAUAUCUGGAGUGGCCUCUGGAGCUCAAUCGGCAGGUCUUUUUCUGGGCUCAGCUGCGCAGCAUCUUGGGCAGUUCUUUGCCCCCUACAGGGGAAGGAAGUCGACAUGGAAGACAAUCUUCAGGCUCCGUCUCUGUCACAGAGGUGUCAGCAAAAGUCCAGACUGAUGAAUUGGACAUGAAUGGAGAACUGCCACAGCCUGAGCAGAUUUUGGAUGAUCUUCCACACAAUGAGGACAAUGUUAUAAUGUCACAGUCUCAGCAGCACUGUGUCCAAAGUGGGAAACAGCCCAGGACAGGACAUCGGUUCAAUACUGGGCCAAAUCACACACCCAUCCAAGGCCAGUUAAUCCAACCUGCACAUCUUUGGGGAUGCACACAGAAGGUCUUUAAAAUGAAAUCUCAGCUGGAAAAAGCCAUGGAAUCCCUAAUCACUGUUUUUCACAACUAUUCUGGCAGAGAAGGAGAUAAGCACAAGUUGAGUAAAAUGGAGAUGAAAAGCCUUCUGCAAGGAGAGCUUAGUGACUUUCUCACUGAAAGCAAAGACCCCUUAGUGGUGGACAAGAUCAUGAAAGACCUUGAUGAGAACCAUGACGGAGAGGUGGAUUUCCAGGAGUUUGUGGUUCUUGUGGCAGCAUUGACCAUGGCGUGCAACGACUUCUUUCUGCAACAGAAUGCAAACAACUAAGCAGUAUCAGGGCAAGCUUUAUAUUGAAGCUGCACACUCAAUUAAUUAUUUUAUGUUUACAAAGUUAUUCAUAUUAGAUAUUAAACCUGAGCUUUGUUGGUGUUCACUGUCUUGGUUGAAUUUUUU